CACUCACUUCAGAGAAGUCAGCAUGUUGUAAGCAGCAGGCCACUUCGUCAUUAUUUUGUGGUUAGACUGAGACUCGAAAAGAGAAUUUAACCUAACUUGAACCAUGGAGGAACAGUUGUGUAUAUAGAGGAGCAAAAUAUUACCAACAACGUGUGGUUGUUGAAGGGAGUAUUUCUACAUACUCCAUGCUCCACUCGACGAAACGGACGGCGAACCACGAUGGCAGGGGGCUUGUCCGCAACGACUAAACCCUAACUAAACGCACCGAGAAGCCAGUCACUAAACUGCUCAAUAUCCUGGUAUGCUCUGGCAUUUGGAUCGAAACCCAUGGAUCUUUGAGGAGCAUAGAUCGGGACUAAACAACCAUCGUACUCUAGACUACGAACUCCUCCCACUACAGUCUACACUACCAAGUACAAAUUUACACUAAAUUACAGCUUGCAUUGCUGAUUGCUGGUGUCUUUUGUUGUUGAAAUCAUCAUAAAGUAAAGAACCCAGGACUGACUCUACCAUAUAGCGCAAGGAACACUCCACCAAGCAUUAGGUAGGUCAGUGACAUCAGUGUUUAACCCUUUGGACGUUGAGGUGACCGUCUGACCGUAACAUUAUGAGUAGUCAGUCUUGCCAGGUCUUGAAGAAGAUACAAGAGUCCAGCGCCGACAGUGAUACUUUUGACACGGCCUCUGAGGCGGAAGGUGCCCCAGGGUUUGCUCAAGGGCUAGUUGAUCAGAGUGUUAAAGAGGGCGAGCCGGUGUGGUUGACGUUUAAGACCACAGGGUAUUCCGAGUUUCCUGAAGUGACGUGGUUUCGGAACGGAAGAGAAAUCCAAACUCACGAGGACUUCAGCAUCUCUUCAGAUGGUGAUAUACACACCCUUGAAAUAAGAUGUGCCUAUCCUGAGGAUACUGGUGUCUACACAGCCAGAGUAACCAAUGGUUCAUGGGUCCACGUCUCCCAAGCUUCACUCACAGUCCAAGAAAACUUCUCCCCAAGCAAAGAACUUGCCAUUCUGACAGUCCAAGAGCAUUUCUCCCCAACCGAUAAACUUGUCACCCUGAAUGAAUCUCUUGGUCCGAUCUCUGAAAAACCCGCACCCGAAGAAGGAUUCAUUGAAGAGGAGUGUUUGUCAUUGGAUGUACAAAGUGAAGGUGAAGGGUCAGCAAGCCAAGAGCCAGCAGCAAGUCAGAGGUCAAAAGACGAAGAUUUGAAGAUGUUGAAGAAGAGGAUUACAUCUAGGCCAGGAGGCACAGCAGUUCUGGAGUGCCCGUUGGACUUGGAGCAUACAAAACCGGAUGUUAAAAUCAAAUGGUUAAAGGAAAAAGAAGAGAUAUGCCUCCAGUCCUCUCAGCGUUACAAAGUGCGCCAUGAUGACAGUGGGGUACACUCAUUAGAGAUAAGUGACAUCAUAUCGGAUGAUGAAGGAGAGUACUCAUGUGUUGCCACAGACAACGAAUCCAAGACACUGUGCUCUACAAAGCUCGUUAUGAAAGAGAGAAAACCAAAGCCAUGGGAUCCCGUCCCGGCCCGCUUCCUGAAUCGCAUCGAAGACCUGGUUGUAACGGAAGGCGACGAGGCCAUAUUCCGCUGCCAAAUCAUCGGCCACCCGAUCCCAGAGGUCACCUGGUUUCAGGACGAUGAGGUGCUAUGUUCCUGCCAGGACGUCAAAAUGACCUUCGAUGGACGGACAACAUUUAUGAUCAUCGCUGCCGCGUAUCCAGAAGACAGCGGACAGUACACGUGUCAGAUCUACAAUGGAUUAGGAGGACGCUUGACGUGCAGUGCCCAUUUGAAAGUCAAGAAGAUACCUUCAAGGAAGAUGGUCGCCAAGCAGCCAGAGUUCACCGAGGUGUUCCACGAUAGGACAGUAGCUGAGGGCAUGGAGGUCAAGUUUGAAUGUCGGAUACGAGGUAAUCCCAAACCUAAAGUCCAGUGGCUUUUCAACAACCAAGAAAUUAAGCAAUCCUCUGAUUUCCUUUUCUUUCGCAAACACAACCUGUACGUCUUACAUAUUGUUGAGGCUCUCCCAGAGGACGAAGGUGAAUACACCUGCAAAGCCGUUAACUCCGUCGGAGAGACCCAGUGGAGUGCUGAGCUCUUCGUGGAAGAGCAAAUGUCUGCGGUCUGCUCCCCGCCGCUCGGCCAAACCGCCAACUUUUUCCGUCCGUCGUUCCUCAGCCACACUAAAAACUGUAAAGCGAUCGAAGGCGGUCCCGGCACCUUCGACUGUAAAGUGACUGGGUCCCCGGAGCCUGAAGUGGUAUGGCUUUUCAAUAAGAUAGAGAUUGUGAACAAUGCCCAUUAUAUCCUUGAGCACGGUGACGACGGGAGUUGUUUGCUGAUCAUUCCGCAUGUGACGAGCAAGGAUUCUGGGGAGUAUACGUGCACGGCGAGGAGCUCGCUGGGUGUUGCGCACAGCAUCGCCAGUUUAGAAGUAACAAAAAAGGCAGAGAAAGGGUCUGUGGAUGAUGAGCAAGACAGCGGUUAUCGUUGCCAAGAGGGACAACUGAGUGAUGACUUCCACUGCAGCAGUUCAGGGAGUGCUGACAUUCCAUGUCCAAUCGGUCGACCCAUCGUUUCUAAGAUAGCCGGGGACUCCAUCCUCCUCACCUGGAACAAAACUCCAAGCAACGACCCGGACUCUGCCGUCAUGUACAUCAUCGAGGGAAAGGACUACCACGAGAUAGACUGGGUCUUGAUAGCGACGGACGUAGCAGAGACAUCCUACUGGGUUUCUAGCAUCAACCCGGGUGGGGAGUUUGUCUUCAGGGUCAGGGCGGAGGUAGAGAGUGGGAUCAGCGAACCGGGCGAGGAGUCAGAUGUUGUGUGUCUCGCAGAUGUACUUUCAAAAAGUGACUCAUCGACAACUCCAAAAUGUUGUCUUAAGAAGCAGAAUUCUGUUGUUAAAGAUAUUAAGCCGGUGUUCGUUGGUACCCUGGAGGAUGUGUACGUCUUAGAGCACGGCCUCGCCCUACUGAGCUGCACAGUCUUGAGCGAGCCCCCGCCCACAGUGAAGUGGUACCGGGAUGAAGACGUGGUCUCAGACGAGAGGAUGCAGGCCAGUUAUAGGGAGGAUGGGACCUGUCUGUUAGAGAUUAAGGACGUGACGUACCAAGACAUAGGAGAGUAUGAGUGUGUAGCUAAGAACCUUAAUGGACAGGCUAGCUGUAUGCUGUACUUGGAUGUUGCAGAACCACCAGGCAUCAUUAAAAGCUUCUCCGACACCAGCGCCCCUGCCGGUGAACAACUCCGCCUGGACAUCCAUGUGGACGGGAUCCCAGACCCAGACGUUAUUUGGUACAAGGACGAACGCCCUCUCUCACCCACCAGUAAGUUCACUUUCCUCUUUGAGGGUGAAGACAAGUGCUCGUUGGUGGUGGAUCAAGCUGUUCCAGAUGAUGAGGGGGUGUACAAGGUGACUGCCAUUAAUAUGGCUGGGGAGGUGUCGCACUCCGCUAAGGUCACCAUUCCUGACCCAGAAGAGGUAUUCUUCUCUCAGAGUAGAGUUAAAAUCAAGAAAGGUAUAAUGAUAGAAGAUGAGUAUGACCUGCAAAAUGAACUUGGAAGAGGUGCGUAUGGUGUCGUCAAAACUUGCAAGCACAAAGAGACCAAAGAGGAGUACGCAGCCAAGAUCAUCCGAGUGAAGGGCGGGGCUUGGGAUGAUAUGAGAAGGGAGGUUCUAGUGAUGGGUAUGCUGGACAACAAGCGAUUGGUCAAGCUCUUCGACGCUUACCAGACUAAACGGGACGUCGUCAUGGUUAUGGAACUCGUGAGUGGUGGUGAACUGUUUGAGCGAAUCGUUUCCCAGGACAGCAUCACCGAGAUACAGACUGUCUUCUAUAUCAAGCAGCUUAUUGAAGGUGUUCAUCACAUGCAUCAGAAGAAUAUCGUCCAUCUUGAUUUAAAGCCGGAAAAUAUUUUGCUAGUAUCACCGGACUCUGACGACAUCAAGCUGAUUGAUUUUGGCCUGGCCAGAGUGGUGUCUCCGGACAGGGACGUCAUCUGUAAGUUUGGCACACCGGAGUUUGUUGCGCCUGAAGUGAUCUGCAAGCAGCCUGUGACUACGGCAUCGGAUGUGUGGAGUAUUGGGGUGAUUGCACACAUAUUGCUGAGUGGAAUAUCUCCGUUUAUGGGUGAUGAUGACAAGCAAACCUUACUCAAAGUAAGGCGUGGCUACUGGGACUUUGAUGAUGAUGUAUGGCUAAAUAUCUCACUAGAGGCCAAGGAGUUCCUUAAAAUGGUCUUGGUGUUAGAUCCAAAAAAACGACGGACUUUGGAUGAGUGCUUGCAACAUUCCUGGUUGAAGUUUGAUGAGCGUCAUGACCAGGGUGUCGCUAAACUUAGCACGCAGAGACUGAAAACGUUCAACUCCAGGCGGAAAUGGCAGAAAGCCUUGACUGCCGUCAAAUCAGCGAUGAGGCUAAGGAGGCUCUCAAGCAUAGCAGCCAGUGACCUCACUGCCUUCCGUCAACGCCACCUACAGUCCAAGAACAAAGACACCGCCGCCUCCGGUGAGGACACCAACAAGAGCCCGGAGGAGAACGGCCAGCAGGGACAGGAAGAUGAGAACCAGUCAGGUGAGGUGGAUGUUUUCCUUGCAUGCUCUGAGGAAGAUGAGGCUGAGGAGGAGGAGAAGAAGGAAGAGAAGACUAAGAAGACUAGAAAGACUGCAUGCUGGUCAGGUCCAGAAGCCACACCCCUCACAAACAGUCUCGUCGAUGAGAGCCUUGCAUGCACAUCAGACCCACCCCAAAUAAGAACCCCGGCACAAACCAUCCCAGGUCCUCCUCCCGAGCAUGACACAUGCACGCUGAAAACCACGAGUGAUGAACAGCCCGUCUCCACGGCAUCAGAAGGUCCCCCAGUUUUCAGUACGCAUCUACAAGAGACAAUCAUCACCAGGGGCAAUGACCUCAUGCUGACCUGCUGGGUCAAAGGUCAUCCUCGACCGACGCUACGCUGGUUCUGCAACGACAAAGUGCUGGUUGAGAGCAAGUGCGUCCGGCAGAUUCUGGACAAGAAAGGCAAGGGGUCAUUGAAGGUCAUCAGAAUAGAUGAAAGUGAUUCCGGGAUGUUUAAAUGUAUCGCUACAAAUGAACGCGGAAGUUCUACAAGCUGUGCAAAGGUUACUGUAGUAGGGAAGCCAGAUGCCCCAUCAAGGCCUAAAGUAGCACAGGUUGCAGCCACAGAAGCAGUGGUGACGUGGAAAUUCCCUGCAAGUAAAGUCCCCAUCACUGGUUUCAGGUUACAGUGCAAGAGAGAGGAUGACAAACAGUGGCAUACAGUUGAUGAUAAAAUACAGCAGUGUUUUAAGCAUAUUACACCGCUAAUACCAUCCACGGAGUACCGGUUCCACAUAGCAUGCUGCACCCAGCAUGGCAUCGGUCCCUACAGUCGUUCAUCUGUAUCUACUAUGACAUUGCCAAUCGGAUCACAGCCUUUAAGUAUAGAUGUCAUCUCAAAGUUCCAGACGUUAUCAAGAAGUUGCAGUCUUGACGAGGAUCGGAAAGCCACAUCUAAGGAGAUUGUUCUGGAUAACUUUGCCAACGGAGAACCCGAAGAGCAUGUUGAUUUAAACCUCAAAGAGAGCUUACCGCAGAAGGUUUAUGAUUUCAACAUUGAAAUUGGAAGAGGAAGGUACGCCGUUAUACGUAAAUGUUACAAGUACAGCACUGGGAAGGAGCACGCAGCAAAGAUAAUGUUCUCAGACGCUCCUCCGAAAAAACAAGACCUCAUCGAGUAUGAAAUCCUCAAGGAACUCAACCAUCCGAAUAUCUUACAACUCCGGGACGCUUUCCUGACAAAGCGUUUCUACGUGCUGGUCACGGAACGUUAUUACGGCGACGGUGUCCUGAAGUAUUUGACGCAGAGGGACAAAUACUCGGAGGAGCAGGUCGCCCGACUCAUCCAGCAACUACUGGGCGUGCUCGCGUAUUUGCAUAAGAAUAGAGUCGUCCAUCUGGACUUGAGACACGACAACAUUGUCUUGGAGAGCAGGAGGCGGGACAAUGUCCGAGUCAUUGAUUUUGGGUCGGCUAGGAGGAUGGAGAAUCUAGACGGGAUGAAGAUGAAAGGAUUGGAUUCCUUGCCAGAAUUUAUGGCUCCUGAAAUUGCUUCUGAUGGUCUUAUUGAGUAUGAGACAGAUCUUUGGGCUAUAGGGGUGUUGGCAUUUGUGUGGCUAAGUGGAACAUCACCAUUUAUAGGACGAAAUCGAGAGAAGACGAUUUAUAACGUCACCAGGGUCAAGUUUAAUAUACGAUACCUGUAUAAGAACUGCACACCGGAAGCAAGAGAUUUCGUCUUGUCUUUGCUGAAGAAGGAGGCUAUUGAUCGGCCAUCAGUUGAUGACUGUCUCGCUAGUCCAUGGCUAAACAGCACACCAGAGAUGAAGAACAAACGUGAGAAAGCCCUCUUCCCGAUCCGUAAGCUCAAAGCUCAGCGUACAGAGUACAAAAUGCGUCUCCUCGCACUGCAGACAAGAGUGGACAUGUCACUUCGGAGAUACUCCUCAACAAUUGAGCUGAAAUCACCAGGUCUGCCUGGGUCCCCAAAACCAAAGAAUGGUGUCGUUAACUCACUGGUCUGCCCUAAAAUUGAGCGUUGAUCAUCAUGUGUUGAUCAGUGAGCGGUUAGACUUGAUUCAAGUUUUAGAUUGCGGUUAUUCUUCUGCAUCUCAGCCACGAAAAACGCCCCCAAAUUAUUAGCUAUCACGCGCCCUAUAAAUUGAUCGUAGGCUAAAUGACGAAGAAAGAUCACAAGAGGGCGCUGUUUGUAGCAGCUAUCAGGACGACUAAAAAGCCACGAUCAAAGACUUGGAACAGUCUAGUGAGCGGUUAGUGCUAUUUAAAUGUUCUUUAUUAAGAACAGGGCCCAAUUUCAUAGAGCUGCUCAAACAAAAAAUACUGCUUAAAAAAAAACCUGCUUUGCAAUAACGAGCAAGAAAACAGACACAAGUUGUACUUGUGGCAUGGUAUUUUAGCAGGUAACCUUAUUCUGGUUAGCAUAAUUUUUUUUGCUUAGCUUAUUUUUGUGCUUAAGCAACUCUAUGAAAUUGGGCCCUGGCUUUAAGAAUACUCAAUUUUCAUUGACAACAAAAGUAUAGAGCUGUAUAAAAAGUUGUUAUAUGAGAGGUGUUAAAAUGCCUUAUUCCGAUUCUAAAAAUAUAAAAAAUAUAUAAAAAAUUGUAAAUAGAAAUGUUGGUGUGCUGGAGGUUGCUCUCUGAUGUGAAAAAAAAAAUAAUUAGUUUUUACUUCUUUCAGUGUAGGAAUUAAAUAGUUGCUUUCAUCUGAGAAUGUCUUUGGUUGCCUUCUUUUGGCCUUCUGGUGUUGCCCAAGUCAAAGAGAUGGGCGUCAAGGUUGACUAAGGAAUGAGCAAGAGUUUGGGAGUGUAGAAAUAUCCUGAAAGGUUGUUAAUUUACAAGUUGGUUUAUUGGAUCUUCAACUUACAAGCAAGAAAUUUGCCAACCUCUCCCCAAAAACAUAUCUAAAAAAGUAAAGAGUUAUAAAAAUUCAACACAAAAUUAAGAGGAGAGAAUAACGAAGCUAAUGGGCUACUCUCAACAAGGAAAUUUGGAUCAAGGAAAUUUGAUUUCAAACCUCGAAAAAUUCUUUCAAAAAGUCAGUCCACUCGUUUCAAGCGCAUUUUAAGCUUCCUUGCACAAAAAUCACUGACUCAUUUUGGGAAAUCACUUUAAUAACGCAAGUGUUAAUUAGUCUUCCUUCAAGGAUGUUUUUGCUUUUGUAGAAGCAUCAUCAAUAUCCUGCCUUUCAUACGUCAUUAAUAACGAGGUCAUGAUGUGAGCUACACAAUGGGAGACUUUCUGGGACGAUAGAGGGCAGCAGACUUACCGGGUAAAUCCAUUGUUCUCAGAAUU